AUGACAGAUGACUAGUGAGUGUGAUAAACACUGGGCACACAAAUGUCCUCAGCGAUGCAUAGCAAUCGGAAAGAGCAUUUGUACAAAAUCCUUGUCAUCGGUGAUUUGGGAGUAGGGAAGACCAGCAUCAUCAAGCGGUAUGUGCAUCAGACGUACUCCACUAACUACAGAGCGACAAUCGGAGUGGAUUUUGCGCUCAAAGUUCUCAACUGGGACUCAGAGACGGUCCGGCUGCAGCUGUGGGACAUCGCAGGUCAGGAACGGUUCGGGAACAUGACGCGGGUUUAUUACCGGGAGGCCAUGGGGGCGUUCAUUGUUUUUGAUGUCUCUAGACCCACCACGCUUGAGGCUGUCUCCAAAUGGAAGGAGGAUCUGGACUCAAAAUUAAUACUUUCAAAUGGCCAGAGUAUCGCCACUGUGCUCCUGGCCAAUAAGUGCGACCAAAAUAGAGACUUUCUGACUGACAACAGCUUGAAGAUGGACCAGUACUGCAAGGAGAAUGGAUUUGUGGGCUGGUUUGAGACAUCUGCUAAGGAAAACGUCAACAUUAAUGAAGCUGCCAACUUCCUCGUGAAACACAUAAUUGCCAGUGAGAAUGAUAUCUUGAAAUCAGUGGUUCCAGAUACCAUCUCUCCUCAGCUCCACUCUGAUAAAGAAAUGACUUGUUCUACAUGUUUCAAACCCUGAGAGAAGGUGGCAGCAAUCUAUGGCAGCAGUAUUGGUAGUCCUGGGAGCCUCAUCCCUCCGAUUCCAGCACUAUGGUCAACCACAGAAGAGCCGCAACAACCUCAGAGAUCUGUCUGUUAAUAACAGACACUUUGAGCUUGAACACAGAGUAAAUGUAUUUAUGUCCGAAGCUGCACUUUUCGUUUUUUGGUCUUUUUGUGUUUUUUAUGUCUAACAAAACCUGGGGAUUUUUGGACUGGCAUGCUUGACUGAACAAGGUAAAAGAUUAGAACUUCUUUCUGUCAGACACAGAUAGCUGUCUAUGUUUUCAGAAACAGAAAUGUUUUAUCAGUAUGUAAAUCAAAAUAUAGUUAUCAUUUCUGGUUCUGGUGGACUGAGUUUUAAUAACCCCAGUGUUAUAUGAAAAAUAACAUUAUACUUUUUUGACUUUAAUGUCACUUUCAGAAGUGUUUUGCAUUUGCAUUUCAGAUAUAUUCCUGAUCUGAUGUCACUAAAAAUUUUAAAGAUAUAUUGCAUUUGGGUUUUGCAUUUUCACAUUUGAAACAGGAGGUUAUGGUUAAGUUUCUUCACAUUCACAAACCAGAGUUUGCUACUUGCUAAUUGGUGGCAGGUAGUAUUAUGGGAGGGGCAUGUUCACUCUAGAGCAUUUGAUUGGACAAAAUUAGUGUAGUUCAUGACGAGUCAUCAGUAUUUUUCUUUGGUUUACUCUUAAGCAGUUCAUUUUAAAAACUGUUUAUUUAAUUUUUAAUUUUAAUUUAAUGCAACGUUACUUUUGUGAAAGUUGCCAGGAACAUUCACCUAUUUCUGAAUGAAGGUUAUUGAUCUUAUGAACAAUUCAUCCGCGCAUAAGUUUCAAUUAAAUAUUCAGUCCGCCUCCAUCCAAUCAACAUCUAAUGGACAGGGCAUUUAACCUCUACCAGUUUACUGUUUAUUCUGUAGUAUACAUGUUUUACCACAUUGACGGUGUCAUGCUAAAAUAAAUUCUUCUUUACAGGC